GUUACCCAUAGUCUGAGGAACAUCUUAUAGCAGGUAAGGUCUGUGAAAACACGACCUCACCGGAUUCCCAUACGCCAGGCGGUAUUCGUAACUUCACAUUGCACAUUUGACGUCACAAUACAAGAAGUCGUCGCCACUCAGGUUCAAAGCUUGAAUGAAGCAACAUGGAUUCAUUUUUUGGCAAUGUCGUUGGUGUUCUUCUGACUCUGUUAUGGGCAAGGUGUGAAGGAAUAUGGCUGCUGGGUGAUGAAUUGGUUGGAUCACCCAUUGACGACCCUUGUUGUGGAACGAGCGGAUUCGGGGGAGUCGCUGGCACAACGCCCUUGCCCCUUCCCAAGACCUGCUUCGACAUCCGGGAAUUUGGCGGCGGGCACGACGCGGUCUACACCAUCUUUGUUUCUGAUAUCAACAAAUGUGGAAGAAAAGACGUUUUCUGCGAGCAGCAGCAAGAUGGCGGGGGGUGGACAGUUAUCCAGAGGCGCUGGGGAGGGCGUGAGAACUUCAACCGCCCCUGGGCUGAUUACGUACGAGGUUUCGGCAAUCUACAGGGCGAGUUCUUUUUAGGAUUGGACUGGAUUUACCGAAUCUCCAUGCAGAGAAGACACGAGCUGAGAAUCGAACUGAGGGACUCCCAGUGGACAGAGAUCUUUACCAAAUAUUGGACUUUCGCGCUGAAUGAUGAGACGGGGAAUUACACAAUGAAAAUUAGCGAAAUGGAUCCGAAUUCUAAUGGAGGUGAUGGUCUUAGUCAACACAACAACAUCCCCUUCUCGACCUUUGACCGCGAUAACGACGGGAUGCCCACUACCAACUGCGCCCGCCAAAAUGGCGGCGGCUGGUGGUACCAUAGCAACGACUGUUUCACGUCUAACCUCAACAUGGACUACCGGUUCGUGGGUAUCGGUGCGAAGAGGCGAACCGCGGGUGUGGCCUGGAACCGCGGCGUACGCCGAGCGUUUUUUCCCUAUGUGGAGAUGAAAAUUCGACCGAUGAUCUAGGGAGACAUCCGGUUAGGUAGAGCGGAUAAAGGGACCGCUAUGAGUGUCGAAGUGACCAGAGCUAUCGUAUGGCGAAAAAAUAGGAAAAUUGUGAAAACAUAAGGGAGAGGGGGAAAAGGAUACUACGACCCCGCGUCACAUCCUCAUUGUAUUUUAUCCAACUAGUAAGAACAGUCCCCGCAAGAUACCGGAGCGCCCUCAACGUCAGGACCUUCACCAUGGCGUACGUCACUGCCUUGAUGAGACAUUGGUUGAGUUGAUGGUCCAAGAGAACCAUGUGGGGUUGUGGAACGGAGAAAUGGCGGAUCAGUUGACUUUAAUACAGGAGAUCGUUGCGCACCCUUGAUGUUGGGCGUCUUUCAACCUUCAAAAAUAUCCAAAGGGUCCUCAGAUUUCUCAAUUGCCUGAGUUUUCGACAAGACAGUGUCGGACACCUCCUCCACCCACUCCCUCAUAUUACGACGCCCCUUUCGAAAUUGUUACUUGCAUGCUAACUUCAAAGAGUUAAAGGAACUUCUAUACGAUCUUAAAAAUAAUGAAUUACCAUUCUCAGGUUAAUUAGGAAUAAUCACAUUUAAUCCUAAGAUUGACAUCAUAUUACAAGAAGAAUAAAAUGUAAUCCUGUUUGUAGGGGAUGCCUGUUUAGUGAGCUUUUCCCCAUGUGCUAUAAUAUGGAUAGGGGUGCCAACUCCUUUCUAUGUUGGAUAUGCCGUUGCAACAUUAGCAAAAGAAUCAUCAAGUGAAGUGAAUCAAUCAAUUACAUUGCAUGUUAAUGUACCUCAUGCCUAAUUAUACGCUUUGCAUAGAAAGCGCAAUACUUUUAUCCCAAAAUACAUACAUGUAUCGAAAAUAAUAUCGGUAGUGAUAUUCGUUUGUCUCGCAAUUUGGUCAAUAAGGAUUCGUGCGCCGCUGCAACAUCUCGUCAGGUGAUAAAAACUAGUGUAAGCAAGCGUGUUUUAUACUCUACGGGAGGACCGGCGCAGCGGUCAAAAAUUCGAUCGAUAAUUGGAACAGUAACGCACAAGGCCUAUUGGCUGACGCACACGGUGCUCGACCAAUCAGCAGGCCGCUAUGUUAUAUAGUUUAUAGAAAGAUCACGAGUAAAUCAGUCUUAAAAAUAAACCUUGUGUAGAGUUAUUCAUCAAA